AUGGCGCCCUCAUCACACACCGGAACGCUUCUCACCGUCUCCGGCCUGGCCUUGACCGCCGCCGCUGUUUGGCUGGUGUACCGCGAACAACAUCGACUUUGCCGACUCCUCAACCAGAACGAUCGCGCUGACCCCACCACCGCCCGCCAGCAUCCCAAAGAACAAGCUUCGCGCACCGCCAAAGCAGACUCGAUCCCGAUCGACAAGACUUUGGACGAGGAUGAAGAUGACGAGACCCACUCAGCCGAUCGCCUCAACGAGUCCGUCUCUUCAGAGUGGUGCGUCGUCGAUGCUCGCGACGCUCUCCGCCAAACUCCAGAGCCCAGAGCCCGCGAGCGAUUCGAAAUUCCGCUGGGACAGCGCACCUUGGCAAGCGAGGCUGAAGUUUUUGAAGACGUGGCCACAGGUGAAGACUACGUUGAGUAUGAACCCAACGAGGACGAGGUCGAGGCCAAUCAGCGUUUUCGCGAGCAAUGGCGACCCAAUUCCAGCAAUGAGGAACACGCCUUUUCCGCCCAGUUGUCCUCUGCGCUGACAGCGGGACUGCAAGGCCGUCCCUCUUAA